UAUAUAUAUAUUAUUCUUUCUUUUUUAUCUCAUUUGUGUUGUUUUUUUUUUCUUCUUUUCAUUCUCCAUUUGAAUUAAUAAAUGUAUUUACCAUGUCAAUUUGAUAUUCUUAUUCAUUUUCAUUCAUCCGAACAUCCUAUAUCAAAUUAUCAUUUUACUCACAAAAAUAAUACUUUGACUUUAGAUAUUCUUCAAGGGGAACGUCAAAUAACAUGGGUGAAUUCAUAUGUUUUUACUCGUUGUACUAUUGUUCAUGAUGUAUGUCAUGCCAUUACUCAUUCACGUCACUUACAUUCUUUAGUUACAAAAGGAUAUAAUGCCGCUUUUCUUUUUAUGGAAUCAAGUUUGGAUACUAUAUCAUCAUCAUCAUCUAUUAUACAACAACACUUAAUAUUACUUGAUACUUACGUCAAACAUGAAAAUCAGAAACAUGUGAACCGACAAUCCAAUCUUAUUAUGGAAAUAUGUUAUAUUGGUCUUACAGAUUUUCAAUGUUUUGACCUUUUAUCAAAUAAAAAAUCAAUAUCAAAUGAACAAAUACUAAGUUAUGGAUUAGAUCGGUAUAUGAAACCUUGGACAACAACUUUAGAUUUAACUCAUAUUCUCACAACCGAUGACAACAUACCCAAGCUUCUGGCUAUGAAAAUCACUGAUCACGUUUCUGUCUCUAGUUAUUUAUACUACCUUGAUUUACAACAACCUUACAACAAUACCUUAUAUCCACUUUCUUCAAGCUUUACUUCUUUAGUGUCAUUUUUAGAUCAAGUGGAAACAAGAAAAGAAAAGGUUGGAUCUAAUAAUGACUGUGUAUUAAUCUAUUUAUUACGGGAUUAUUUGGUUGGACGACAUCAUGCUAUUAUGUUCUUGGAUUUGGAGAAACAUCCACACGCCACCGAUCUUCCAAGCAUUGACCAAUCUCUUUCUUUGAUCCAGCGCCUUUCUUCUAUACAAGGAUUUACCUCACAAAAUCAAAUCAAUCAUUUUACUAUACAAAUAAAUGAACAGCAACUGCAUGAUGAACAAGAAGUAAAAUGAUCAAAAAAAAAGAAAGAAAGUUGACUUUAUGUUAAUCUUCUCAAUAACCCUAGCGACAUGCUUUUGAAAUUCAAGCUCUAGAAGAACGAUAUCAUGAACACCAAAUUGC